UGGCAAUAAUUAUGUAGGCCUACGGCUUCGCUGAUCGAUUGUUGUAAACAGAUAAGUAGAAUGAUAUAUUUUUGAAAUAAUGUGUUAUUUCAGUCAACCUUAUUAGUACGCAAAACGUGUGAGCCUAACUGUCAUAUUAACAGACUUGCUUUUGAAUGCUAGCAUUGUUGUUUGGUGUUCAGUCAAGGUAUUGAAACUUAAUGGGUUCAGGGAAUGUGAAGCCUGUAGCAAAGACACACAACCAAGUACAACUCAGUAAUCAAUCAAAUACAAUGCCUUGCCAUUCAUGUGAUGCUCAGUUUUCAAUAAUCAGACGCAAACAUGAAUGCGUAGACUGUGUCAAGUUGUUCUGCAACAACUGCAUCAACAAGAAAGUAAAAGACAAGAAGAUAUGUCGUGUUUGCGAAACGGUAAAGCAGGAUAUGGCACGGCCUGCACUCAUGAAAUUAAAAAUUCGCGACCUUCAGCAGUACUUAACAGUUAGACAUGUUUCCACUGAGUCCUGUAAAGAAAAGACUGACCUUGUUGAUCUACUCAUUGAAAAUUUGAUAGAGAAUGGCUUGAUACCUCGUCCAACCCCAGUGCAGCAUAGUGUGUUUGGGCCCCCUGUAGGAGAGAGUAUAUCGUUCACAUCUAACCCGAAUUCUACAUCCUCUUCGGAUGCUUCCGACCCAGUGAGUCAACAAGAUGCCUUACACUCAAACAUUCCAGAGAAUUCCAGGGACAUAAGAAAUGAUUUUACUGCAGACGAAAAUGAAACACUUGAAAAAACACAACAGGAUGUAAGCGAUGAAGAGUAUUUAGAGGAGUCGCAAAAAGACUUUGAAAACAGCAGUGUACCACCAACAGUAGAACAAGUCCGUUCAAGUGAAACAACAGAAAGCGAAGAAGCUAAGUUGGAACGUCUAGAACGAAGAAGACAACUAGAGAUGAGAGAGGCAGAAUCUAGACUUUUUGGUGGACAAAUUACUCCAAUUCCAACUGUAGACCCUAGACCAAAGAAGAAACGAGCCUCAUUAAGUGAUUUGCAAAACAUUGAGGGCAUUGAUGAACUUUCUGUAAGAGCUUUAAAAGAGAUUCUUGCCACAAAUUUUGUUGAUUACCGUGGUUGUGUUGAGAAGAAAGAAUUGGUAGAAAGAGUCAAACGGUUAUAUAUUUCCAAGCAAAAACCAAAUGAUGCUGAGGGUAAAGAAGAUCCCAGUGAAGAAACUGACGAGAACUUAUGUAAAAUAUGUAUGGAUGCGACGAUAGACUGUGUCCUCCUUGAAUGUGGACACAUGGUGACCUGCACAAAGUGCGGUAAGGUUCUCGCUGAGUGUCCGAUAUGUCGGGUUUUCAUCACACGUGUUGUCCACACAUUCAAGUCCUAAUUUGUAGCAAAUAUGUAUUCAUGAUAAAUGGAAUGAACAUCAAAUUAUAUAUUGUAUGGAGUUUAAAUACAGAGUUAGCUCCAAAGGCGUAACCUCACCUGGGUUGUAUGCGCCUGUACCCUAGUAAUCUACAGGUGUAUAGCAACUUAUCGGUAGGUUGAUGGAGGUAACUAAAGCGAGCCACACUGCGCCGAUUGUCAUGUAACAGAUGCGAUUCCAUGGAGAAUGCAAUGAAGCAUGCACGACAGAUUGUUUUUGUUGCUUAGUUUGAAUUGGAUUGGACAGUCAGCAGUCGUUAAGUCCUGAAGGAGAGCGAUGAUGGAUUUGUCAGCCAAUGGUGUUACAGUAUGCAGUUUGUACCCAGCUUAUCAGUGAUCAGGCAGUACAAAAAAAUUGUUUACACUCUUGUGCUUCCCUGAUGGCAGAUUGUUCUCAUACCAAAUUUAAUGUCUUGAGAUCAGAAAGCACUUGCAAGUAAUAUACUCAGUAUAUAGACUAUAAUCAUAGAGAAUGUUUUAUAGGUAUCAUAUAUAUAAAUGUCUUAUGUUAAUUAUCAUCACAGAUACUCGGCUGGAUGUGAUAGAACACAAUCCUACUUUUUAUUUUUGAGUGCCUGCUUUGAAGUACAGUAUACCCUGAUUUAAUACCACAAAGGCCGCAAUCGCACUGGACAUUUUUUGGUGAAACUAUCUGAGACGCUGGUUAGUUUUACCAUAAUUAUUAGGCCAGUGCAAACAGCCCAGAAAUCUUACCAUUUAGGAAAACUUACCGAGACGAGCUGUUUGUUUAACCGAGUGGAUUGUGCCAGUGAAACUGACCAGGUUAAUUUUUUUACCAAGCCGAAAAGUCCAAUGCGAACACGAUUGAACAUCCCAAAUUAUUUGAAUGUUACUCAAUGGCAGUGAACAGAUUAGUGCUUCACUAGUGGUUUUUCUUAGCUUGGUCGAUUUUACCAUUCCUUGUAGUAAAACUAACCAGCUCAAAAAUCCCAGUGCGGGCAGCAGUAAGAAUUAACCAUUGGAAUGUUAACCCACAUUCUUGGUAAAAUCUUCUCUCUUUUAAGUCCAUUGCGAUUACACCUAUAAAAAGAAUCUAUGUUGCACACAUUUAUUGACAAAUUAAGUUAUUACUAACUGAUCAGAGAUGCAAGUAUUCUUCACAAAGGAAUUGCAGCUAUUUAUGGGAGAGUACAGCAGGUAUGGUUUUUGGCUCUCAACUUCAAGUGAGGUGUUUAAACCCCAUCCUGACCUGGCACAUCAUGUUUGUUUCUUAACCCAAGGGCAUAAUUUUGCACUGAGUAGGAUGGAAAUUUGAAGUAGAAUGUAAUUGUAUUCCUUCUGGCAAUAAUUGCUUUAUGGCGAAUCAUUCCCUCAUGAAAUAUUGCGGUACAGGUAAUUUCAUGGCUUGGAAUGCUCCCAGAAACAGAAAGUUUUUUUCUUUUUUUUUUAUUUUUCAUUCACGCAUUUCAACCACAUUCUUCCUUUAUAAUCAUUAACUUUGAUUACUUUUUGAUUUUAUUUUGGAAAAAUUGAGAUUUUUUUGAAAUCUACAGAAAUUAUGUAUUUCAAACUUUGUGAAAACAUAAAACAAUAAUACCUGAAUCAUCAACCAUUCUUGCAUAAGCAUCAGACUGUAUAUAUUUUUAUAUCUUGGUAUUAAAUUAUUUUUAAAAUUUUAGUUUUGAUGCAAAAUAUGAUUCUGCUACAAAAUGUGAUAUAAAUUGGGAAGAAUACAAAGUCCUCUUCAAAAAGUGGAUAUUGCACCUGUUCUAUUUAUUAUUUCAACGUUUUCAGUAGAAAACCAAGUAUCUUUAUGUGUUGUAAGGAGUGGAGCAGUCUUGGUAGUAAAAAAAUAACAGUUACUGUUAUUUGCAGACACCAUGACCCUGAGGUUAGACGGCAAGAACUUUACCGUCUAAACCACUACUUAUAAAAUAAUGUUGUUUUUAUGUUGUUUAUGUCAUCAUUGUUGUUGUCAUUGUUGCUUUCUUGUUGUGCUGUUAUAAUUUAUUGUUAUUAUUAUUAUUAUUAUUAUUAUUUGUUGUUAUUAUUAUUAUUAUCAUCAUUAUUUACAUUUGAUAUGGUCUAUAAAAUGGAUGUCAGUGUGUUUUGCUAUGCAUAGGAUCAAACUGAUUAUGUUGAAAUGAAUUACUCUGUGAUCAACAAUUUGUGUUAUCUGUAUUUAAAAUAAUACAAAUUUUAAAAUGUGGUUUAGAGAAAGGUUGUAUGUUACUGUACAGAUACAUUUAUAAAAUGUGACUACUGUAUUAUGAAAUUUAUUCAACAGAAUCCAGUAACAAGAAUAUUAAUAAUAAUAAUAAUAAUAAUAAUAAUAAUUUGUAUAUAAAGUGCAGUUACACAGAUGGUCUCACAGCACUAUUAGAAAAAAAUGAGAAAGUAAUAUUUAGUACUUUCUAUGAAGUUAUUAUAUAGAAGAGACAAAAAUGAUCAAAUUGAGAAAAAUAAACAUACUAUUAAAAAACAUUACAAAUUCAGAAAACUAUGAUAAACCUAGCCUACCCUUAAAUAAAUUAUGUGGGAAAGUAGAUUUAACCAUUUAAACUUUAGGGCUUGUUUCAGAAGAGUCCCCAAAGGACAAAAUAUUAACACUUUGUAUAAUAAUUUGUUACUGCAAUUUCACAAUUUUUAUAAUUUAUUAUUCCAUUCACAUACAUGUUGACCCCUGGAUUGGCCAUAAAGUUUUAUAGAAUUGGGGCGUAGAGUAGUCUUUAUUUUAUGGUGGUUAUAUCAACCUCUUGAUACUACGGGCCUCUAUAGAAUUUUUAAAACAAGGAGGCCUGACAAUACGCCACCCAUCCCCUCUGUUGCAGCCAUGUUUUGAAAAAAUAUAUAUUGUAUUCUGUUAUUUGUUUUUCUUUUGUGGAGGGGGGGGGGGGUGUUAAUUGAAACCACAUGUGCUCAGUGGUCAAUGUCUGCACUUUUCAGCAUGAAGAUAAUCUGUUGCAUAUAAAAGAAAUGUUUGUUGAUAUACCGUAACUAUUCAUUUUUGAUUUGUUAAAGAAAAUGAACAAUUAUAAUUAGUGCAAUUAAGUUGAUUAUGUUAUCAAUAUUAUAGAUAUUACAAUUUCCUCUUAUAUUAUAUUAUCCAAUAGAGUAGGUAUAUUUUAGCCCAGAUUUCAGCCUACCAUAUUGGUUGCGUGUGCCCACUUUGAGUUUAAAUAUUUAGGAGGGUAAAAUUUCUCCUUAAGCAAAUAAAGUACUGUCCAAGGUGGUUUAGCCCAAUUAUCGGAUUGGUACUGUGGGUCAUUGGUUGAAAUGGUAAUGGGUUGGGAAUUGUAAAGUGCAUACUACAUGGUCUCUAUGCGCUAUACUUAUUUUUUUUUGCUCUAUCUAUAUACAUACUGUAAGCUUGUUCCAGACUCUGCGCAGAUGCAUACUCAGAUGCAGGAUACAUCUACUGUAUUCCAUGCUUAGUUUAUAAUUAUCUCACAUUCAAAAUCCAAUGUGUGGUGAUAGAUGUUGGCAUUGUGACAGUGCCAGUGGCGGAUCCAACAUUUUUUUACUGGUCUACGUGGGUGGCAGUCGGGACCUAUGGUCGGAAAGGGGGGAACUUGUCAAGAGGAAAUGUUCACUUGCCUUUGCAGGGGCCCAGGGAAGUUUCAGAAUCCAUUUUAGUCUCUUGUGCAAGUGAUUUUAUGCUUGGUUAUUGAAUUUUGGGCUGGGAGGGUUCGGGGUCCUUUGCAACCUCCUGGAUCCGCCACUUGACACUUGAAUGUGUAUCAAGUCUUUUUUUUUUUGUUUAGUGUAAAUCAAUCAUUCCUCUAGAGUACAAAGUUAUUCAACUGUUGUUAUUUUGCCCAGACUGUUUUAGAAGUACUGUACUGUAUACUGUACUGUAUGAAUCACUUGAAAAAGUAUUGAAGUAUGUUUGAAAUAAGACAUGUCAUGAUGAAAUUAUUACAUUCCUAAUUGUUGCUGUUUUUUGUCUUUUAUAUAUUAUUAUUAUUAUUGGGGGGUUUUUUUUGUAUAUUGUAUAUUAUAUUUUUUGCAGUUUGUCAUACAUAUGAUUUACCGAUUAUUCUAAAAAAUUAAUAAUCUUGUAUUUUAAAAUAAAGAUAUUUUUGAAAUGCUUCUCACCAUGCAAUGAUUAUACAUUUAUGUUAUUAAUACAUAUUGAGUUUGUUUUUGUUCUUUGAAAGAUGAUGGAUCUACUUUGUAUUCUUAAAGGUGUACCAUCUGUUAUAAAAUAUAAAAACCCUUAAAAAAUUCAAGCAAACCAUAGAUUAUAAGAAUCAAGUAAGUUAAAUAUUUGAAUGGCGCACAUUAAAAAAUUUGUGUAACUAAUUUACAGACCAUUUUACUGCAGUAAUAUGACACUGAUUAACAGCUAAGGGCCGGGUCUAUAUACAAACAUACAUUUGUAUGGUUGAAGAUAAUGUUUUCUCAUUUUAAUUUUCAACGUUAGUAACAUAGUAAUAUAAAAUAUAAGAACUCAAAGUGUUUUUACCUCAAUACAGGCGAAUAUUAUCUUUAAAACAUACGGUGUAAAACUUGUUUUCUUAAUCUGUUAGGAUAACAGAUUGUGUCUAAAAACUUAAGAUUAUUACUGUGUUUGCCAAGCUCGCCUAAAAGUAAUCUAUCAAAAGAGAUAUAGACACGUCUUGUAAUGGACUUUUUCCUAAAAUUACUGUGCUGUAUCUGUGUAUGCUUAUUUUGUUUUUAAUUAUUACAUAUUUUAUUUUCAUUAUAAUUGUUUAAUACACGUAAUCUCUGUUUUCCUGUUUAAUUAUAUAGGAAUGGAUAUAAUGAACAUAACCUGUUGGACAUACAAUUAAUAAUGUUAUAGCAUCAUUCAAGAAAAGGACAUGCUCUUGUGAUUUAGUUAUGUAUUAUGCCUCCUCGGCUGUUACUAUGUACGUUUUCACGGGCAUUUCCGUUUUGGUUUAGUUUUCUUUUCAUUGCUUAUUCCCCAAGCAUUAGUGGAUUUCUUAGAAGCAGGAGACUAGUUUAAAAAUUACACCAGCUUCCAUCAUAUAAACCUACUAAUGGUUUCUUAUUAAAUUAUUUCCAGUAAUUAUAGAGGGCCGGCUGCGUGACCGAUAGAAUGAUACUGGUAACACUUGUUUGGUAUUUGCCACUAUAAAUUAUAAGUUGAUGUUUUUACGAAAGUGAAUAAAUAUACUUUAUAAAUAUAGA